CGGUGGCGCGCGAGCCGUGGCGUCCUGAGCUGGAACGGCCCCGCAACCGCCCCGGAGCCGGCAGCGCCGCUUCAGACCUGAUUGAUUCCUUCAGCGCCGCUUCAGAUCUGAUUGAUUCCUUCAGCGCCGCUUUAGAUCUGAUUGAUUCCUUCAGCGCCGCCUCAGAUCUGAUUGAUUCCUUCAGCGCCGCCACACCGGGCGCGGGCGUUCCUGCGUGCCUGGAGCGAGGUGCAGCCUCUCGGGAAGUUGCUGUGCGUGCUGAGUUUUGUUUGGUGCUGGUUUCCGCCUUAUAUUUAGGUGUGCUGCUACAGCCUUCCGAUGGGGGUAAAACCAGCUGUCAAGAGAUACGAAACAAGAAAUAAGACGGAAGUGCCAUCAUCCAAAUCCCGAGUCGAUUGGAGACGCACUAGAAGGGUGCUCAUACUGCUUGACAGCAAUGACGAAUCCUCAGCCACCUCUGAGGAGGAGUCUACCACAUCAGAAAGUGAAAUAGAUGAGAAAGGUCAAGCGGCUGUGAAGAACAACCUUUCAGAUCAGGAGGAGAAAGGCCGGAGUGGGGAAGUAACAAAAGAUGGUGACGAUGAGUGCGUUGUGCCUGGGAAGCGUAACAGGUUGAGCGCCUCUGUCAUGUAUGACAGUGAUGAAAGCGAGGGCAGUGACAUACUUGUUAGAAAGGUUUCUGCCAAACGCCGCUGUAUACUGGAUGACGAUGAGAGUUCUAAAGAACAGCAGCCUGAUAAAACAUACCCUACAGAGAAUGUUUCUACUAGUAAGAAACAGAAAGUGCUCGAAAAAUUGAAAGAACUUGUAAAACAAAGCGCAGCUCGGAGAUCCUGCAGCACUGCAAAUUGUGAGGAUUCUAAUAGUGAAGAAGCAAUGGAAGAGGAACCACUCUGUCAGCUGCCCCUCAUACCAUCAGAAGGUAGUGAAACUGAUGGUGACAGCUUAAAGGAUUUUGUAGUAGAGGAAGACAGUGAUGAUGAUGACAUUGGCAACCCAGAGCAUGUGAAGAGUCAAAAUCAGCCACAUCAAAAGCAACCAAAUCCAUCAAACAGUGAGCUGCUGGCACACUACAUCCCACAGUUAUCUCGCUGUGAUCAUUAUGUACACUUCAAAAGAAUAGUAAAGGCUUUCCUCAUAAAUGCAAUUGAUGACACUUUUCUGAGCUCAUUAUAUGAUGGAACGAGACAAAAGAAGUAUGCACAAGAUAUGCUGCUCUCACUUCAUUAUUUGGAUGACCGCUUCAUUCAGCCUCGUCUUGAGAACUUAAUCUGUAGAAGUCGCUGGAAAGAUCGAUACAAGGAGCGUGUGGAUUGUUACCCAGAUGUUCGCAUAAGCUUGAAAAAUACAAAAAAUAUGUCUUGUCAGGCCUGUGAAUUGAAGCGGUGUUGUCGGUUCAAUGUGUUGCUCUCUGGAAGGCUUUAUAAUAGUAAAACUAUGGCAGUGGAUGACUUCAUGUCAGAUGAUAAACAGGUUUUGAAGGUUGGCAUAGUGUGUGCAAAUCGUACAAGAGUUUAUCACAACUUGAAACACUUCAAGUACAAGUUGUACAUGGAUUGCAGCUCAGUUGCUGGAUUGGAUGGUGUAGGGGAUGAACCAGUCAAAGACACUGUAGAGCGGCUUCUCAACCACUUGGAAGAGAGUGGGUGGAUUCAGAAGAAAUAUGAUGGUCUUGAAGAUUACAUGGAAGAUGCAGACAAUUUUCAAGAAGAGAAAAUUGAUUAAGAGGUCAUAGAGCUCUUUGGAAGACAUCUUCAAAAAUGUGAAUGGCCUGCUUCGUAUGUAUGCACUUUAUGUCUGCCUGGACUUCAAGAUUUCUCUGUAGGCUGUUAACACCCAAAUUCAUAUGCCUUUAAAUUACUGUUUGAUAAUGUGCUGUAUCUUUUUUUCUCAUCUGUGUCAAUAUAAACCCAAAGUUUUAUCAAAUCAGUCCUUACAGUCUUACUGCAUUGAUCACUAAGUUUUCUACUAUUAGAAAUAUCAGUUCAAUAUCUAUUUACUUGUGAACUAAAACUUCCACCUAUUUAGAUUGACCUGCAUUGUAGGGAACAUAGAAGAUCUUUUAAAGUGGGUAUAUUUGGAAAGGUAAGGCUUUGUUAUACAAGAACUUAGGACUUGCAUCUUACCUUCUAUAUUGCUCAUGUGCAAGUAAGUUCAGUCAGUUAGAAUGAUAGUUACAGCAAACAGGACCCAAAUACAAAGAUCUAUUUCUCCACUGAGGAAUCAGUACAGACAGUUGCAAGGCAACAGAGGAAAUAUUCUGCAGUCCUGACUGCAUUUGCAGCACAGUAGUCAUUCCUCUUGAGAAAGUAGGUGAUGAGUCACAGUAUGGGCGUCAUACAGACUGAGUCUGGCUUAGCCAUCUAAAUGAACACAUGGGCCCACAUUGCUGUCUUUGAUAAGCAGCUGGGACAAUUUACUGAGAUUUUAAACAUCAGGUUACAUUGUGCAAACAUAAUGGCAGCAAAUUGGAGUAACUGCAGUCCUAAGAGAUUGGAUUAAUAUGCCCAUGCAAGAUAAGCAAGAAUUCUCCCGGUGUAACUUAACAGAAAGUAGGAGUUAGUCAGAAACAGGAUGCAUGGCUUACCAGAAUUACACAAAACCCAAAUCAGAGUAGAUUUUCAAGGAUUUAGGAAGGGUUAAGUAUGGUACUGUCCAUUCUGAAAAAUUGGACAAGAACUGUAAACAUGUACUUGAAGCCCAGAAAGGUAACUGUGUCCUGGGCUGCAUCCAAAACAGCAUGGCUAGCAGGCUGAGGGAGGUGAUUCUACCAUUCUACUCUUAUGAAACCCCUACCUGCAGUGCUGCAUCCAGCUCUAGGGUCCCAGCACAGGAAAGACCGGGUGUGCUGGAGCAAAUCCAGAGGAGGGUCACUAAAUUGAUCAGAGUGCUGGCUGUAGAUAAGCUGAGAGAGUUGGAGUUGUUCAGUCUGGAGAAGGGAAGGCUCUGGGAGACCUUGCAACCUUUAAGUAUUUAAAGGGGGCCUACAAGGAAGAUGAAGAGGCUUUUUACCAAGGCCUGUAGUUUUACUAAGUCCUAACAGGACAGCAAGUUUUAAACUCAGAGAAGGUAGGUAUAAAAGGACAUAUGGAAGAAUUUUUUUACUGUGAGGUAGGUGAGGCACUGGCACAGGUUGGCCAGAGAAGGUGUGGAUGCCCCACCCCUAAGAGGGUGCUAAGGUUAGGUCAGGAUGGGGUUUUGAGAAACCUGGUAUACUGAGAGAUAUGCCUGGCCAUUAUGAUCCUUAAAGGUCCCUUCCAACCCAAAUUAUUCAGUGUUUCUAUCCAUGUAUUUUGGGCUGCAUAUAAAAAGAAUUAGAUAUAGCUUAAGAUAAAAUGCAGGGCACAGCGUUUUGAAACCUUCAUGUUGCUGAAUGCCCUGUUAGUUUUUUUUUUGGCUUAACAACUUAGUGAAAGAUACUGUUAACACUAUGAAUCCUUUUAACAGGUUACUCUCUCAGCAGCAAAACUAAUGGAACCUGAUUUCUCAUAGAUUUGUCCUUAAGAAGUCACUACAUUUAUUUUGCCACUUUACUGGGAACAGAUAGGCUAAUUGCGUAGGCACCUGCUGCCAGGUGUAUUGCUUGACAGUGAACAUCUGCUGCCUUUUUUACAUAGAGACUGUACCUUAGAUUCAUCAUUCACUGCCCUUUUUUCAGCAUUCAUUGUGAGAAAUUAACUGCUUUUGCUUUGUUAAGGACUUGAAAUUGAGCAAUGUUUUAAAUGCUAUUAGGGUGAGUUAGUGGCAUCAGUAUUCCUUUGUACCACGUACAGAUACAAGAUAGACAAAACCAAGAUGAAAAUUUCCAGCGAAUUUGAUUGAGACUUGCUCUCAAGUAAACUUACAUUGAAGAUACUCUUUCCAUGCCUUACCUGUUAGACACAAACUUCUGAGGUUUGGUAUGUCUUAUAUCUAUCUUCCUGGUUACCAAAGCCAAAGGUUUCCUUCUCUAUUUCUUCUCCUCCCUCAUCUCUGUUCCCCUGGGAAUAUUGGUGGAAUAUACCCAUCAACUUAAAAUACUCAGGAAUUCAUCUUGAAUAUAUCCCUUUCAGUUAUUGAUACCUCAGUUCUUUCUGUUAACAAAAUCUCUGUAUAGUUUGGUUUGCUUCUCUAUAACAUACAUUUGGUGUGAGUUUAUUCUUACAAAGGAAAAUCAUUCUGAAAUGAGUACUGUACCAUGUAGUGGAGUAUGUCCUCUUAGAGCCUUCCUGACUAAUCCUUAUUUUUGCUACUUUAUGAAUUUUCUGAAAACUCUUGAGACUAUGAUUUUGCUUAAAAAUUUUGUUGUCAAAAUCUCUCAUUUUGCUACAUUAAAACAAUUCACUACCAAAAUAAAGAAUAAGUUAGUGAAACUCUG